AUGUUCCUCUCGUCCAUGCUCAGCGCAGCCGUGGCCCUCGGCACCAUGUUCGCCUUCGCCGCCAUCAUGGACCCCGGCGCCCUCCGUCACGUAGCCGGCACGACAAUAGCUGGUGCCCUCUGGGGCAUCGUGUCAAAGCUCUCCAGCAACCUCAUGGGAUCAGAGACAGUCUCCGUCAUUCUCCAAAGCCGUCUCGUCCAGCAGUCGUACCGGAACACCAUCGAGCAGCAUAUCGGCGCCGUGCUGAGGAAAGCCAUGACGAGCAUCCUUACCAACACUGGCUUCGACGAGCAGAACAGCGUUUGGUUUGACAUUGACGACGACUACCGCUUAGAAGACAAAGGGAGGCACGUGUUCUGUACGUACAGCUUCAAAGUCCUCCCCGAACCGGGAACACUGCCCCGGUCCGUCAACGAAGGAAUCCCGCCCCUCGACUUGCCCACCUACGACCCCUCGAGUAUACACAUCAUAGAAGGCAAAGAACCCAUCGCCAAGGGCAAGUUCAGCAGCAUUCGUAAAGGCACAGUCCUAGGCUUAACCAGCGGCGCCUCAGCGAGCCUCAUGUCCCUCCUCCUCGGAACAGCAGGUGUCGUCCUAGGGGUAAUCUUCGCCACGAUGCUCGUAAAGCAUUUCACGCCUCCAAAGAACCCCGAGAGAGCCGCCCUCCAGAAGGAGUUUGCAAUCGAGUUGAGGCGUCACAUGGACCGCCUGCAGUACUGCGCCAGAGAUAACAACAUUGGGCUCGAGGCUGAGGUACAUGUCGCGUGGAUGUCGGCGGGGGGUUGGAGAUCAAGGAGCGUGCAUGUCCAGAAGAUGGCGUCUGAUAAACCUACGAUCUAG